AUAUCUCAUCAUACCUCCUCUUACCCGGUCGGUAGCUUUGAUCGGUACCGUUGUUGUUGUUGUGUUUGUAUAUAAUGCAAUUUAACAUGGCGGUUAAAAUUUACUUUUAGAGGGAAAUGUUUGUAGCCGAAUAACAAAAUGUACACAAAUCAAAUUUAGGGUUCAAACAACCCCCAUAUUAUUCAGGCCAUUCUUUGAUAUGGUAGGUCUAUUGUAGUUUAUGAAGCUGAAAAAUGGACUUUGAUCACGAGAAUGUUAGACUAGUUGUGAAUGAAGAUAGGUUGAGCAGUUUGCCUGAUGAACUUAUUCAUUACAUCCUCUCUUGUAUUGAUGACACCAAGUUUGUUAUUCAAACAUGUUUGUUGCUAUCUCCAAGAUGGAAACUUGUCUGGAAGUCGGUGCCUUGUCUCAACUUUUAUAGUCGUCGUUUUCCUACUGUACAUAAAUUUUCCAAGUUUGUGACAAAUGUUCUUUCUCGUCGCAACAAUCACGUGGAAGUGUCUACCGUAAAGCUAAGUUACAGUGGAGCAGCCAGUCAAGCCUUUGUGAAAAAGAUUGCAAAUUAUGCGUGUUCUCACAAUGUCCAGGAAUUAGUCGUCCUGAGCAGGCCCAAAAACCACUAUGAUUACCCUCCUUGCCUCUUUACCUCCACCUCUCUUAAGCAUUUCACUUUUAGCAGCAUGUUACUUAGAGCUGACCUUACACCUAAACUUCCUAAGACACCUUGGAACUUUCCCGCCUUAACGACUUUGAACCUCAGUGACAUCACAUUGUGUGAGGAUAACCGUGAGUACUUUGAACUUUUCUCCAGGUGUGUGAAUUUGAAGGACCUUGCUUUGAAUACCGUCAUUAUCGAAGCUAAGGUAUUUGACAUCAUUACCCCUCGACUUUCCAGUCUUGUGCUUAACAACUUCAGGCGUCAAACUGUUAUCAAUGUGAUUGCACCUCAACUUGAAAAUCUCUCUAUAAUUGAUUGCACAAUCAAUCACUUGGAUACAGCACCCAGACUAUCAUCUUUUGUCUACAAAGGUUACGGUCCUCCAAAGUGGUUUAAAGGUUCUUUCUCUUCUCUAAACAAGGUGAGUGUCUGUUUGUCUUUCCAUCGUUCAAACAAGAUGUAUGAUGAGGAAGAAGCCCGUGAGACUAUUAGCAUGCUUCAAGAGCUCAAGAGUGCCAAAUUCCUUACGCUUAAUUUUGACAUUGUUGAGUGCCUUUCCGCAUAUCCAGAUUUGCUGUCACACGUUCCUUCACCUUUUAGCAACUUGAUUUGCUUAAAUAUAGACCCUAAGAUGAGGUCAGACGCAUACAAAGUAAACGUGUCUACUGAAGCUAGAAACUUCUUGCUUGAGAAUUCUCCAAGUGCCACAUUCAUCAUGGAUAUACCCGAGGAACCCCCUACCAAAGCAAUGAUUGCGAAACAGGCUAGGGAGGCGAAAAGAGCUAAAUUGAUUGCUGAAGUCAAGAAUUAUCUGAAAGAAUUGCAAGCAGAACUAGAACAGCAAAAUAUGCUGCCUGCUGAGAGAGAAGUGGCAGAAGAAAAGGCCAAACUAGGUGUUGAGAAACUGAUGUCAGAAAUACAAGAAAUAUUGGUCAGGAAAAAGUUGAUGCGAAGUGAGCCUGGGAAAGCAAUGGAAUCUGUUGAGAUUUAUGUGUUAGCAGCUAGAACGAUGGCACAAAUUGUAGACUGUAUGCAAGAGAUACUUGGUCUGAUUGAGCAAGCUUAUAAGAAUGCUCACGUCAUCAGUUCAAAAAGAGAGCGAGUCAGAUCAUUGUUGGAAGCUAUGCCUAAGCGACAUAAGGCAGAAAUGGAAGCACGCUAUUCUCACCAGCUUGAAGAAACAGAUCGUUUUACCUCAAAAUAUCGUUACAUGUUUACCUAUUUACAGAAAACCCUUGAUGCUUUUAAAGAAGUCAAGUCUGAUUACAACUCAACAUUUCCAAACAUUUCUAGUACCAACCUUCCCCUGGCAUCCCAGCUAUCCUCUUCUUCAGCAAUUUCUAUGCCCUCGCCCCUCGGCCCCUCAAGUAUCCAACCCACACUGCGUUGAAGCUCCCACCCAGUCCUUGUCAGAACCAAAUCCUAAACAGUCAGCAUAAAUUUCAGGGAUGCUAAAGUUUUUGCCUACCUGAUGAUGUGGGCCCUCAUCGAGUUCACAAAUUCUUCAUUGAAAGAUCGGGAUGAUCGAUUGUCAGAAUUUGCUUCUUUUUUUUAUUUAUUUUUUAUUUUGAACGGUUUCGAAUUUGCUUUUAUUCAACUUCUUGUGAAUCCUACUUCUUUUUGCCAUUUACUUAGAGCUUUAUGUUA